CAUGACGCCGACCAAGCAGCCUCAUCCCAAACAGGUACAAAAAAAAAGUAAAUCUGAAUUAAUGGCUAAUAAUUUUUCUAAGUGGAAGGACCCGAACACCGGGAAUUGGACCGCAACUUGCAAUUGGUGCAAGAAAAACUAUAGCUUGGGGAUUUCCGGCGGAUACGGAUCCGCCACAAGACACCUUAAGUCCAAACACCCGGUGGAGUAUGCAAAAUUAGGCGGCGGAACGGGGAAACAAACGCAAAUAUCGAGGUUUGCAAAUAACCAACAAGCUUUUGGUAAUUUCUCAUACAAUGAUGCAC